AUGUACCCUGCCGUGGGAUCGGAUCUUUCCCGAAAAAACAAAGUGUACAGGGCUAGCUUAAUCGAGUUCAACUCGAUUUGUAUCACCAAUGGGUUCCUGAGGAUUCAGAGCUUUGUUGAUGGAAGCGAUGACCGACCAGUAACCGAGCAUUCUCCGGUGCUUCUUCAAGUGGCACAGCUUUCCAUUCAAAUGGCUCUGAUCCGCCUUUGGAACUCAAUUGGAAUUGUACCAGACGUUGUGAUUGGCCACAGCCUCAGCGAAUAUGCUGCACUUUGUGCUUCUGGUGUUCUAUCAGCCGCCGAUGCGAUCUAUCUUGUGGGAUCCCGAGCCAAAUUAAUGGAGAUGAACUGUACGAUUGGAACCCACGCCAUGCUUGCCAUACAAGGGGAAGAUUCAUCUUCAGAUCAAAUGAAUUUACAGCAAUCUGAUCUUGCAUGUAUAAACAGCGCCAAGGAGUUUGUUUUGAGCGCCCCAACUACUGAGGUUGAAACGUUGAAACACCGAUUUGAAAGUCUCGGCUAUAGAGCGACAUCCUUGGCUGUGCCGUACGCAUUCCACAGUCUACAGGUUGAUGCUAUACUGGCACCCUUUAGGGAAAUAUGCUCGAAGGUCACUUUCCGAAAACUAAAAUCUGAAAUUCUAUCUGCGACGCUUGGAAGGCCCCUUGGGGACUCUUCAAUUGACCCAGAAUAUCUGUGUCGGCAUGCCCGUCAAACAGUAAAUUUCUACGGGGCACUCUGCGAUGCUAAGUCCAACGGUAUCAUUACCAGUGACUCUGUUUUCUUAGAAAUCGGGCCUAGUCCAGUUUGCAAUUCGUUCGUGAAUCCACUCUCGGCGCCUCAGUCACUACCUGGAACUAAUGCGGUACCUCUCCAGCACUCGCAAGUGCCUGAGUUUAUUCUUACUACGUCUGUUCACCGUGUGGUGAAAGAGGAAUUUGGUGAUGUCGACAAUAUCGUUAAUGCAGAAACUGAUUUAUCACUGUCGGCUAUUCGCCACUUGCUGAAAGGGCAUGUGGUCAGCCACGUCGCACUAUGUCCUUCUUCGCUUCAUGGGGACAUUGGAAUCACCCUAGGGGCUUAUAUUCACAAUAGUAUGAGCCCACAUCCAACGACCGACUCUACUCCUAUUAUGAAUGUGCGAGACAUGGCUGUUCAAAAAACACUCAUAUCGCGGGGCCUUACACCACAUAUCAUCAACAUUAACGCAAAGGCCAGCAGCUCAAGGCAGAGUAUUCAAAUCGAGAUUAGCUCACAAGAAGGUCAGCAUGCCUCUUUUGUCGUUGAAUUCUGCAAAGAGUCGGAAUACGUGAAUGACUGGAAGCGAACUGGCCUUUUGGUUGAAUCACGCAUGCAAGCGCUUCGCGAGCAAAGCCAAGGUCACGAAGUACACUUUCUACAUUAA